AUGUGGCGCCGCAUCUCCGCCGUAACUUUUGCUUCUGCCGUCUUUCUCAAGGCGGGUGGUCGCAGUGUUUUUGUGCGGGAUCUGCGCACUCCCGUAAGCAUUGCGAAGGGAGAGGUCGAGUACCCGGCUGUGUUGCUGUGGCGGUGGAAGAGCAACCGUCAGCGGCACCUUGUACUAAGUGUGCAGUCUCCCGACAGUCAUGUGGGAAUGGCACCGGAGGCGGCAGCGAAGAUGAUUUCUGAAGACAGGACAGCCCCAAAUGGAGGUAAAGUGAGUACUGAUAUCACGGGGGACUACUUUUUUGGUCGUAUUUUUCUCCGGCCUUAUGAUGUUGCAUCACUCCUGGCUGCGUUCGAGGGUAAGAUGCGGCACGUGUCGAUGGAAAAACAACACUCUUCGCUACAUUUGAAGCCAAUACCUAGAUGGCAAGGAGGGGAGGGUGGAGGCUUUGGUGCACGUGAAGGCAAGUCCUUCCCUGCACUACCAUCGGCUUUUGCGCUUGCAGGUGAAGUAACUGCAAAAGUGGUGACCGCAGGCCCGAAGAACACAGAGGAUGGAUCCAAUCUACUGGACGAUGAGGAUGAGGAUGAUGAUGCUGCGAACGCGGGAGGGGCAGCGACGAAGUACAACUUGGAUGAUCGGCGAAGUUUCAACGCCACCAUCGAGGAGGAAAAUCUCGUUUUUGUGAUGAAAUACCUGGACGCGGUAUUAGGGGAUAUGUUCGGUAUCCAGCAUCAAUACCAUGCCCGUAUAACGAAUGAGCUACUUGUGAAGCGGGAGAUGGCUAUAUAUGCCCUUCAACAAAAGAAAAAGGUGACCACUAAAAAGGAGCACCGCUAUAGAAGUAUGGAGGAGGUGGAUGAGACGGUUGCCGUGGAGGAUAGUUGUGGUGACUCUUUCUCAAGGAAAGCGCGUGGGGAAGGGGUGUCAAAAAUGUUGAUGGUGAGGGGAGAACGUACGGUCGCUGCUCCAGUUCGUGCUUCAUCCCUCACUCGUACCCCGCCUAAACGAUUUGUAGGAUCUACCGCCGGGGCAAGCGCCGUGGGCUCGGCUAUCGCUCACGCCGCGGUUGCCUCCGCCGCGGCCAGUACUUUCAGAAUGAAUUCUGGUAGGUCGAGCAGCGAUAUGGAGGUCGAAACCAGAGCAGACGCUUUCGAAGCAACCUCAGGACAUGCGAAAGAUGACGACGAAAGCUCUUCGGCUGCCUCAUCUGAUGAUGGCAGUGGGUCUUACAGCUCGUCCUACAGUGACGAUAGCGAAACCGACGAUUCGGACGAUGAUGGCAGCAGUGACGACGAACCCUCUACGCGUGAUGAUGAUCCUGUUGAUGACGAGAGUGACGGUGACAGUGACGGUGACAGUAAUGAUAACAGUGACGGCAGUGAAGAAGACAGCAGCGAUGGCGACGACAGCAGUGACGAGGUUUCCAUAUACGAUCACGAUCCUGUCGAUGAUGACAACGAUGAAGAUGAUAACAGCGAUAAAGAUGGCGAGGGUGAGGACAGCGAAGAUGAAUGCGACAGCGAGAGCUCUACCAUGUACGGUCGUAGGGGGGAUGACCGUGAGAGUGAUGAUGAUCACACCACCCUUAGCAGCGACGACACUGGGGAUGAUGAUGACGACACAGGAAACUACGCUGAUGACGACACUGGGGAUGACGAUGACGAUGAUGAUGAUGAUGACGACGACGAUGAUGAUGAUGAACAUAACUAA